AUGUCCCGGAGGCUCUCUCAGGUGUGCCGCCAGCCCCCCAAGCUCCCAUCCCCAUCCUCCGCGUGGGCCUCCUCCCCGAUCCGUGCUGUGGACCCCUCUAGGCCUCCCGCCGCAGAAGGCCCGAGGGACCCUCCCGCGUCGUCCAGCGGCGGCCCCCAGGUGCCCCCCAGCAGUGGUGAGAGCGAACUGUGGGGCGCGCUGAUGUGUGCUGUGCGCUCAGAUCUGCUCCCGGCCGGCCGGCCGCCGCCCCCGCUGCCUACCUUCCCCCGCCAGGAAGUGGGGCCGGAGCUCCCUGCAGCCGCGGAGGUCUUCACUGUAGGGACCAAGGCCUUUACCUGGACACCCUUUCCGCCAGCCCGCGGGGGCCCUGCUGAUAGGCCGCGUCCCCGGGGGUCCCCUGCCCCAUCCUUGGAAGGACAGCGUGUGCCUGAUUCCUGCCCGGCUCCAAGCCCACAGCAGCUGCUGACCCUGCGGAGCUGCCCCCUAUGCCAGAAGGAGUUCGCCCCUGAGAUGGCCCAGCUGGAUGUGGACAGCCACCUCGCACAGUGCCUGGCCGAGAGCACGGAAGACGUGGAAUGGUAGCUGCUGGGGGCAGCGUGGGGACCCAGUGCCCUGCCCAACCCUUGUCUCCAGGCCUGCACAUUAAAUUGGGCUCUCACCAGUGAGA